AUGGGAAUAAUAAUCAUUUUUUUUUUCGCUUCUUUUUUGCAUCUUUCUUUCUCUGACCAUAUCACUAGCACAUCCAAUAGGCAUCCCGUUAUGCGGUGCUUCACUCCGCGUUUGAGUGCGGCUGGCAAUGGGGUGUGGAGGGGUUUUAGGCAGAUGUACGAGGAGUAUGCGCUCUGGCGUGAUCGCAGGGAUGACGAACGGUAUACCGCUGUGUCAGAGGAGGGUGAAGAGGGCAUCACUCUCAGCAAUCGCCGUAUAUGCGCAAACCCAAAUGCCUGCCCACGGAGUGUACUUUUGGUCCCUGCAGAAUGCAUUGUGGAGGCGCUUCGAAGGGAACGACGUGGUGGUGUCACUGCAGAUGCUGUGAUGUUUGACUUAACGUGCUGCAGGGGAAGUAGAGGGGAGGCGCGUGACAACAUUUUGCGCUUUUUGCAGGCGGAGGAAAAGGGCGAAAAACGGGGUGAAGAUAUGAGUGGAGGACAGUGCUCACAUGACGACGAUCGAGGGCGCUACCUGAUUCGUGUUAACUCCCCUGAAUUUGAUUCUGCAAACGGGUUCCUGGACAUGGAGCUUGCCGCCGUGCUAGGUGAACGCAUUGAAGGUGUUUUGUUGCCGGCGGUGACGGUGAAUACAUAUUCGCUCGUUGAGGAGUACAUUCAUCCUAGUCACCAUCUCUGGGCCUUCUUUGACACACCGCUCUCUGUUGUACAGGCAUCUGAAAUCUGCCGUCAGGGGCACUACCGGUACGCUGUCAUGGGCUCAAGGCGGCUCGCAGAAGAUCUUCAUUUGCCAAUUGGAGGAAUCACGUACGGUGAUACAUAUAGAGGCGACAACAAUAGUGAGAAUGCCACGCCCGCGGCCCUUCUUGGAUCGCUUCCGUUGCUGAACAGUAGUCUCCAAGUUUUACUCGCGGCCCGAGCCUUCAACAUGAACAUUUUGGAUGACGCAUUUGAGGACGCCUCAGACACAGCUGGAUUUUCUCGUGAUUUGCACCUCUCUCGUUCGCUUGGCUUUGAAGGCAAGUUAGUCAUAAACCCUGCGCAACUUGCUUCAUGCCACGCGGCUUUUGCCCCGUCGGCGGAAGAAUUGUCGUGGGCGAGGGGAGUGCAGCAGAGAAUGGCUCGUCGAUACGCCAAGGAGGAGUCUGCGGGCAAACUUGAGGCAGCGCAGUGGCGACGUGCCGCAUGUCUUCUUGAGCGGCACAGGGAGGAAGAGCUUCAGGGAGCGGCGCCAACUCAACGGGAUGGGGGAGGCGGGGUGGAGUAG